ACGCGCUUGCGUUUUUCUCCAAGGAUGUAGGGAGAGUUGUCGCAAUGAGCAGGGCGAAAUAUCGCAUCUUCUGGUCCAUGUGACAGGAUUUCCUCCGCCUCGAUAAAAGCUCGUCGCACUCGAAAAGCAGCCGCGGAGCCAUCCGCCCAUCGAUAAUUCUGCCGAAUGCGUGACAAUGAGUGCAAUUAGAUUGAUUGCUCUUUUCGUUUUGGCCGCUUCUCUGGCCACCGUGCAGGCCCGCUUGCCGCGUCGACACCAGGUCCUCUGCUCCAACCUCAAGCCGGUCAGCAUUGUCGAUCAAAAGGCGCUGGAAGGAUCUUGGCUGACCGUGGAGUCAAUCCUGCUUCGAAAUGGGUACCCUGAGUCAAACGAAGAUUCUCGAAGCAAGGUUUGCGUUCGCACGUCGAUUUUUGACGCAUCGUCAAGAGGCCUGAGCAUGCGAUCAGACAUAAAAAGAGGCGCGGAGAAACGGAAAACUGGCGUGACUAAAAUCGAAAUAUCUGACCCCUUGGAACCCGGACGAUGGACCUUGAUGGCUAAAAGACCUUCCACUCUUAAUUCUGAAUUGAUGGUAGUUGCCGUGAGAUCCAGCGAAUUCCUUGUGCUGGCCUACUGCCAGCCGCUCUCCCUGAGUGACGAAGGAGAAGCCGAUAGACCCGCCCUCUGGGUCAAAGUCCUCGGGCGCCCUUCCGCCUACGGAGGAGUGUCCAUCAGCACCAGGGAUCUGCACUCGCUGAGGAACCGUCUGUCCGAAAUGCUUGGACUGCGAGAAUUAAAUUCCGUGCGCUACGACACUUCAUGCUAGAUCGAUUUCUCGGCAUUUUAUAAUUGCUUAAGGCAUUUUUAUCAAAUAAACGUAUCUUUAUUUUUAAAUAUAAUAUAUUCACAACUUUAUACAGUUUGGCACACGCAAGUA